GCUUGUGUGCGAGCGACUGCCGUGCAGGCGGGGUGGUGCUGCGCGUUCCGCUCCCUCCCUGGCCGGGCUGCUUUUGCAAAACGACCCAGAAGGAUGGAGGGGGACCCCGAGCCGCCUCCGGGUCUCUGAGGGGGGCUGGGGGAGGCGGGCUGCUGCUCCUUUUCGCCGCCGGGCUGGCUCCUAGUUCAAAGUUCGCCAAGCAUCCCCAGUCCUCCCUCCCCCCCACCCCAAAAGUGCAGUAGGUUUUUUUUUUUCUUUUUGCAAAAAUGCAAGAUGGCGGCCUUGCACUGAAGAGGAGGCAGAGAGAGCGAGGCAGGAAAAAAGCAGCCAACACACACUGCAAGGUGGAGAGGUUAACUUGCUGCUCAUUCUCUUCCCCCUUGGACUGGAAGUUACAGCCUUAGCUAAUUGCACUACAACAAUGCUGCUGACAUGAUAAACAUGCAGAGUUUGCCAUGCAUUGAGAAGUGUUUACCUUGAAGCCAUUACAGUAACACCAAGCAUCGGGAAAGUGUGAAGUAGUGGUACCAACAUAGGUUCCACUGAUAAAUACAUUUUCAACAGCAGCGGAAUGGCAAGUAAACGAAAAUCCACUGUACCUUGUAUGGUGCUUGCAAGUGAGCCAGACCAAGACUUGGAAGCCGUGUCUGAUUUUGAGGAAGGACCACCUGUGAUCACACCAGUAGAAAGCGUGUUAAGCGACGAGGAUUCUCAAGAAUACGUUGACUCGGACAAUCAGCAAAACAAAAAAGUCGAAGGAGGGUAUGAAUGCAAAUACUGCACAUUUCAGACUACAGAUCUCAAUAUGUUUACUUUCCACGUCGAUUCUGAGCACCCGAACGUCGUAUUGAGUUCCUCUUACGUCUGUCUCGAAUGCAAGUUCGUUACCAAAAGGUAUGAUGCUCUUUCGGAACAUAAUGUGAAGUACCACCCUGGAGAGGAGAACUUCAAACUGUCCAUGGUGAGACGUAACAAUCAGACAAUCUUCGAGCAGACGGUGAACGAUCUUACAUUCGACGGGAGUUUUGUGCACGAGGAUAAGUCGGAAGAGACGGAAUCGUCUGAGUUUCCCUAUUCAGGCAUCUCAAUUAGCAAAACCCCUAUUAUGAAAAUGAUGAAAAACAAGAACGAGGCCAAGCGGAUUGCCGUUCUCCACAAUGCAUCUGAGGAACGUCCUGGGGAAGAGAAAGACACUGAAACUGACCCAGACUGCGAGGAAAUAGUAGAAAAGCCGGCUCCUUCUGCCGUUUCAGACACUGCCAAGAGUAGUACACUGGCCACAGAACCCAUUAGCACAGUUGUGAAUCCCACCACAGUGAUUCAGCCAACGCAAGUGAUUGCUACCAUAGCAUCGCCACAUAACUCAAACUUAAUUUCUAAAGUAUUGAUCCCUAUCAGCAGCAUUCCUACCUACAACACGGCUUUGGAUAACAACCCCCUCUUGCUUGCCACCUACAACAAGUUUCCCUACCCGACCGUUUCAGAGAUCAACCUUCUUGCUAGUCAAGCAAAAUAUACUGAGGAACAGAUUAAGAUCUGGUUCUCCGCCCAGCGUUUGAAGCACGGGGUCAGCUGGACGCCGGAGGAAGUGGAAGAAGCGAGGCGGAAGCAGUUCAACGGCACCGUGCACACCGUCCCUCAGACGAUCACGGUGAUUCCGGCACACAUUUCCGCAGCUGGCAAUGGCCUGCCUUCCAUUCUGCAGACGUGCCAAAUCGUUGGCCAGCCCAGCCUGGUUCUUGCACAGGUUGCUGGCGCAAGUACACUUCCAGUGACAGCCCCGAUAGCGUUGACUGUGGCAGGGGUCCCAAAUCAGCCCCAGCUGCAGAAAGCCCAAGUCCAGACCGCACAGCCUGUGGCUGAAACAAAGCAAGUAGCCACUGUCCCAGCCCCUCAGCCUACCAAGUCGGAAGUAGUGGUAGCAAACGCAGACACCAUUGGAGUGCGUACAAAGAAGACGAAAGAACAGCUUACGGAGUUGAAAAUCAGCUACCUUAAAAAUCACUUUCCUCAAGAUUCUGAGAUUGUUCGGCUCAUGAAAAUAACGGGCUUGACAAAAGGGGAGAUAAAAAAAUGGUUCAGUGACACCAGGUACAACCAGCGAAACUCAAAGCACAACCAUUAUAAUAAUCUCAACAACGAUUCAUGCACUAUCAUCAUUGAUUCAAGCGACGAAACCAAUGAACCCCCAGUACUGGUCCCGUCACAGCAGAAACAAUUGUGGAACGCUUCCGACGGCGCCUCGCAGAAAUUCAAGGAGAAGACUCCGAAACAACUGCAAGCCCUCGAAGACAGUUUUCAGAACAAUCCCAUCCUCGCAGACGACGAACUGGCUAGGAUAAUGUCCGAAACUAACCUGAGCAGGAAAGAAAUCAAUGCUUGGUUCGCAGAACAGAAGAAAUCCAAAGCGUUAAGCGAGGAGAGCGAGGACCUGAAUGAGAGCAACGGAAGCAUCUCAAAGGAAACAUCUGCCGAGACAUCUGGCGGUGAAGGGGCCGGAUCUCAGAAGUCAGGAAAGCUAACUAAAAAGACACCAGAUCAACUCCAUAUGCUGAAAAUGUCCUUUGUCCGCACUCAGUGGCCGUCCUCGGAAGAGUACGACCAAUUGGCUGAUGAAAGUGGACUUCCUCGAUCGGACAUUGUCAGUUGGUUCGGAGAUACCCGUUACGCUUGGAAAAACGGUGGCUUGAAAUGGUACUACUCCUACCAAGGGCCCAAUGCAAAUAGUAUGAAUGGUCAAAGCAGUUCCAGGAGAAGAGGGAGGGGAAGACCAAAGGGCAGAGGAAGAGGAAGGUCUCGCGGGCGAGCCAGAGGGAACAAAAGAAUCAAACACUGGGACCGGACUCCGAUUAUCAAAUUUAAAACUGGGAAGGCCAUCCUGAAGGAUUAUUACCUGAAACACAAAUUCCUAAACGAACAGGACCUCGACGAGCUGGUUGCCAGAUCGCAUAUGGGAUACGAGCAGGUCAGGGAGUGGUUUGCCGACAUGGAGCGAAAAGCCAAACAGGGCCUCGAGCUUUUUGAUGACGAGGAGGAAGAGGAGGAGACGCCGGAUGAGCCGGAUGACGACGACGACAAAGAGGAUGAAGAAGAAACAGAUGACAGUGACAACUGGGAACCCCCUCGGCACGUUAGGCGCAGGCUCUCAAAAUCAGACUGACAUGUCAGUUUCUGGAUCGUGGGGAUCGUCACGUUGCUGUGCUGCCCCAGGAUUUUGGUGCUGUUCCAGUAACCGCCAUUUUUGGAUUUGGCUGCUCUCGGAAAGGGGGAUCAUGUUCCUGACUUGUGCAGCUGACGCAGUUUUGGUCAGCGGAAGUGGGAAGGCAAGUCCAGGAUCUGGAAUUACAAACACCCCCACCCCCACCCCCCCAAGAUUCAACUCUCCUCCACAUCUCUAAUGCUAGGGGAUAUGUCAUGUUAUGGGACUGUGUGUUUAAUUGCCUUAUGUUUUAUUUUGGAAAACCUUGCAAGAGGACGCAGGUGCAUUUUAUUGUUUUUCUCUUAUUGCCAGAGGAAAUUGACAAUAAGUGCAAACAAAACAUAAAGACGUGAUUGUAGCGCUCCUUUUGCAAAAGCAUUUGUCUCCUUUCCUUUUGGCACAAGGGAAAUUUAAAAGGAAUACGAGAGGGGCGGGGGUAAAGGAUACCAAAGGAAAGUGGCAUCAAUGGAGUGAGGUUUUUUGAUGGUUUUAUUUGUGGGGGGGGAGUUGCUUUUGGAAGAAUAGAGAGGAGGGAGGCAUACCUUUGUUACAUAUGGAGCCAUGUGCUGGGUUUACAGGACUUUCAAGUUGUCUUCAGGGAGUGGAGGUUGGGCCAGAAGUACGUUUUUUUAAAAAAAAUAUCAAAUCGAACUGAUGUGUAUCGUAUUUAAAUGCAAGAUAAAAUAGUGCAGCCAAUACCAAAAUUUGUUUUCAGUCAUGCAUCCUUUUUGGAAAAGUGUAAGAUAAAGAUUGCUUCCAUAUGCAGAACCCCCCAGAAUUCUGCCUAGCAUGUUUCUUAAAAAGGUAGCAAGAAACGUGACUUUAAGAUAUUUGCACAGAUUGCUUUUGCUUGAAGCGGCCACCGCCAGAUUCUUCCGCCUGGGAUAGCCGGACAGUUUGAGGCUGCAGCUUCUUUAUUCUUCUCUACCCCUCAGAUGUACAUACCAAGUAGCCAGACCUUACAAGCUGACUGCCUAGUUACCCCUUCUACCAUCAGAGGAGUGCCUGCCAAAUUGCCAGCACCCUACCAGUUUUUCCAUCUUGCUUGAGACAUUGCAUGAACUAGUCCUAUGGUGGCCUGCAAGGCACCAGGUCUUACUUGGCUACCUUCAAACUGAUGGAAGAACGCCUGCCAGGUAAGACGUGGUGAUUGCCGACAGGAAAAAUGGCUGUUGCAAAUCUGAUAGAACUGCAAAUGCACAACUGCGCUAAUGUGACAUAUAAUUUUACACGAGAAAGAGGAGUAUGAAUUGAAACCGUUGUGGCUAUUCUUCAUAGUUUGGAAGCCAUGAAAGAAAUUGACUGAGUUUUUGGGCGUGAAACAAUGUUGGAGGCAAUCGCCUUGAGGCCUGCUAAGCCGGGUCUGUGGUUUCUUGAGAUUUAAGAGCUUGGUUUAAAGAGCUUGAUUUAAGAAACAUCUUCAAAGGUUGCUGAAAAUAUUUGAAGAGGAUUAUGUCAGAACAGGAAAGGUACCAGACUCCUGGGAAAGGCCUGAUCAUGUCUAAUGUAUUUGUUUCCUCUGCAUAUCAUUUUGUAAUGAUUUUGUAAGUCAUACUCCUUUGUGAAUACAAUUUUAACAUUAUUACAUAAAAUUAUAUAUCACAGUA